AUGACGUGUAUUACCCUCCUUUGCCUCCAAGGAGUCGGAGGCGCAAGAAGCCUGAAGGAAGCUCGCUGGCGGCGCAGGGGCAGUGACUGGCGUUGGCUGAGGCGGAACGUGAGCCAUAGGUCUGCCCUUUACCCGAUCCUGUUUCUUCACCGGAAUCUGCAUAUCGCUCAGCGAGCGCCCAAUAACCCUUUGACUGGUGCGGGGGGCGCGGGCAUCGCGCUGGCCGAGGCGCUGCAGACGCGGCUGCCGUGGCUGGAGGGCGUGUGGCUCUGGGUCACCUUCCUGGGCGACCCCAAGAACCUGUUCCUGCUCUACUUCCCCGCGGCCUACUACGCCUCCCGCCGCGUGGGCGUCGCCGUGCUGUGGACCAGUCUGGUCUCCGAGUGGCUCAACCUCGUCUUCAAGUGGUUUCUCUUUGGAGACCGGCCCUUCUGGUGGGUCCACGAGUCGGGGUACUACAGCCAAGCUCCAGCCCAGGUUCACCAGUUCUCCUCUUCGUGUGAAACUGGCCCAGGCAGCCCUUCCGGACACUGCAUGAUCACAGGGGCAGCGCUGUGGCCCGUGAUGACGGCGCUGUCCUCCCAGGUGGCCACCCGGACACACAGCCGCUGGGUGCGGGCUGUGCCCAGCCUGGCCUACUGCACCUUCCUGCUGGCCAUCGGCCUGUCCCGGAUCUUCCUCCUGGCACACUUCCCACACCAGGUGUUGGCUGGGCUGGUGACUGGUGUGGCCCUGGGCUGGCUGAUGGCCCCCCGAGUGCCCAUGGAGAGGGAGCUCAGCUUCUACGGGCUGACCGCACUGGCCCUCAUGCUGGGUGCCAGCCUCAUCUACUGGACCCUUGUCACGCUGGGCCUGGACCUUUCCUGGUCCAUCGACCUGGCCUCCAAGUGGUGCGAGCGGCCGGAGUGGGUGCACAUCGACAGCCGGCCCUUCGCCUCGCUGAGCCGUGACUCGGGGGCUGCCCUGGGCCUGGGCAUCGCCCUGCACUCACCCUGCUAUGUCCAGAUCCGCCGGGCACGGCUGGGUGGAGGUCAGAAGGCGGCCUGCCUGGCGCUGGCUCUGGGGCUGCUGGCCGUCCUGAGCUGGCUGGGCCAUCCGCCCCAGGCCAGCCUCUUCUACAUCUUCAACUUCCUGCAGUACACGCUGUGGCCCUGCCUGGUCCUGGCCCUGGUGCCCUGGUUGGUCCUCACCCUCAGCCCUCAGGCCCCACCCGCCCACUCCUCUUGACUCACCCCAGAGCACAGCCCCCAUGCAGGCCAGCCCAGGGUCCCCUCCCAGUACAUGCUCUUCCCCUAGGAGGGUCUCCUGUCUCCCUCCAGGACUCAAGCAAAGGGAGCAAGUCCUCCUGUUCCUGUAACUCUGGGGGUGGGCGGGGGGCACCAAUAAAGUCCUUAAAUUUGGGA